AUGGCUCUCAUCUACGUUCACUUCGAGUACCGUGAAGCUAGUCAAACAGAACCGAUUCAGGAGAUCGUAAACAGGUACCUCGAUGAAAAGAAGCUGCUUUUGGAAAGGCCGCAGAGCGUGGCUGAGUAUCAACCACUGACUAGGAUUCUUGUCUCUGUCGACUCGGAAUAUGUUGACAAAUUCAUCGACGAGAUCAACCAGUUUGAGUUUAUAGCAGUCAAAAAGCAUGCCUAG